GCACUUUUACGGGAGAUCUUCAUGAGCCGCAGAAACAAAGGGUGAUUCAGCUACAGACACAGAAAGGAGAAAAUACACAUUGUUCUAGUGCAAGCUGUGUGCAGUGGCAUCCACAGAGACUUUGGAAGAUGAACUCUUCCUUGGCUGAUACGAUCCUUAUUAUUCAUUCCUGUUUAUACCAAGCUUCAGUAAUUUUUUUGUUAAGAUAAUACCAAUUGUGGUGGGACCCAGAGCUCUUCUGGGGUCCCGAGGUACUACUGCAAUAGAGUUAAUAGUGAUGGCUAUUCCUCUUUAAAGGAGCAGAGAAAUAAGGUUCAGUUGUUAAUAUGAUAGCUUGAUAGUUCACUGAAAAAGAACAGUUCUUCAAUUUCAGGUCAGCUUUGCUUAUCUUUACAAUGUAUUUGCUUUCAUUGUCACAGCCACAUUCUGCUGCCAUAGAUUUGUGUGCUGGAGGCUCUGCCUCUGGGCACAGACUUAACUGAGGGUUUGGGAUCUGGUUAUUCCUCACUCUGGGUAUUCCUCAUUCAGUUUGCUCUAGGUGAAGCUGCCAGGGGUGAAGCACUUCACUGCCUGCUGCCCAGGAUAGCUGGGAACUGACAUUUCUUACACAUCCUUGUACUGUUUGCCUGCUGUUCUUCAUUGUGCCUUAAUAUGUUAGUGCCAUUGUGGUUGUUGUGGGGUCUUCCAGGGGUGGAGGGGCAAAUAAUCACACAGAGUGCAAGAGGCUUGACAUGGCCUGUAAACAUAAGAGAAGUGCACCAUGUUCAGAAAACCAGGGUGUGAAGAUCUGUGGUGAGAGAGUGUGCCUUAAUUCAUAAAUGUGACAAGGAAAACUUACAGGUACGAAGUCAAACUGACUCUUUUUUUGUUUGUUUUGUUUUAAAAAGCAUUUGUCUGUGAGAAAAUUAUAUUUUAGUGUAGGUUUUUUUUCUGUCAAAGGGUGGAGAUUUUAUUGUUUCUGAGACUUAGGAGUGCUGUAGCUGCUGAGAACCAAUAGCAAGUGUGACCUAUUUGGAAAAAACCACAACUGGCUGCUGAUUGACUUUGAAGUAUUUUCCUAGUGGUUCACUUAUAGUACUGUGGAAUUAAAAUAAUGCUUAGGAAACAAACAAGGGUUUUUUUAAAGCUUGGUGGAAGCAUAUUAACUAGUUAAUCCUGGUCAAUGCACUGUGAAGAACAUUAUCCAAGCUACAAAUGAGGAUAUAGGAAGUGACUCUUGGGUUGAUCUGAGUCACUGUCACAGUCAAGAUCACAGCCCAGGGUUUUGGCUUGUGCUUCUGAAACUCACUGUGGGUUUUUUUAUUAAGCUGUGUUGGGUCUGAUCCCCUUAAGGAUGCUGUGAUUAGAGAGUCCCUGUAAUAGGUUAACUUCAAAGUCUGGACACGUUUUUCAGUUGAUGGGUGUCAUGGAAAAAUGCUUGUAAAUGUUCUUUGUUCCUUGUCUUGCUUGUUAGAUUUUAUUGAUAUGUGAAGUUGAGGUUUUGUAGGAAGUGACAUUUCAGGAGUGUUUCCAAAGGGCAGCAAGAAAAUGUCAUUGUGUGGAUCCUCCCAGGCAGCACGUGGAGAGCCAGCCUUGCUUUUUGCUUGUCCUUUAGGAGAGCACUCAGCAGCCUGCAUGGUCAGAGAUGCAUUUCAUUUGGGCAGCACCUCUGCAGGGCUUCCAGCAGCCAGGCUUGGCUUGGGAAAGGACAAAAGCCAGCCUUGCCUGCAAGCACAGCACUGCUGUCAGCUCCUGCUCUGUGGGCUGUGCCCCACUGCCCUACAACCUUGUGAUUUUCACAGUUUCUCUUCCCAAAACAAAGCGAGGGUUUUGCUGCCUAGGAAGGGAUCACUGGAGUAGAGAUCCCUGCAGAGUGUUCCUCAUACGGGUCAAGAAGGAAAAGAGCUUUAAAUCAAUUGAUAGUUUUUAGAGUUGUUGUUACCAGCAGGAAUUUGUCAGGCCCACAGGCUGUAGUGAGCUGCAGAGAUGAGAGAUGUCUGAGUGAGGCACCUCCCUGUGACAGCCCUGAUGGCCUCCUGAGAGAGAGGGAGAUGGGCUGGUUUUGCAGGGUCUGGCCCAGGAACCAGCUGUGUUUGCCUGACAGGUUCAAUUCAUCUGCUCCCAUGAGCUGUGUCAAACACACAGCAGUUCCUGCCCAGCACGUAUUCCACAUGUUGGGAUUUGAUUUACCAGAGGAACAGUAUUAAAGAGUGCCAUUAUUUUUGCUGUUUGUUUUGUUCUGUAUUUACAGGUAUUAUUUAGGGAAAAUGCAAGCUUUUCUGGACAUGUUUUCACUUUAUUUUCCAUUGUUUAUAACAAAUUAUCACAUUUUUGUCAGAUUUUUAAAAGGUGCAGAAGUGAAAUAUGUUCUAAAUUGUUGUUUGUCACAAAUCUUGUAACUUUUAGUUAAAUUACAAAUUCCCUAUCGAAGCUAGGAAGAAAAGUGAGUCAUAUGUGUAAAAAAAAAUAUUAAUAGGUUUCAGGUUGAUGUUUUUCUAAAUAUUAAGGAGUUUUGUUUCUGUGUUUGAGAAUGCCUCAUGUAACAAGAUUUGGGUUGACUUGAUGAGAAAAUUCCAGAAGUGAGCCUGGGAACUGAUUUAAAAUAAAGAGGAUGUAGUUGUAAAAAAGAAGGGCUGGAGUUUUGCAAGCAGAUGCUGCUGUUCUCUCCUUUUCCUCUGUUGACCUCCUUGUGCAAUGGAGAAGUUGUGUGAAUAAAUGUGUAAUUUGGACAUAACAGCCUUCUCUGUAACAGCCUUCUCUGGGUUUUGAAGGGGAAGCAAAAACUUAAUACACUGAUCAUUUUUAUUCAGUCAGGGCCACUGAAUGUUAACCAUCAUGAGGAAAGUCAUGGUGACUUUUGCUGUGGGACAUUGUCUGUUGUUUCUUAAAAAAAUGUGCUGGGGCACUUUGGAGAAUGCUUCUCCAGAGUCACCAAACACAACUCUCUGUGUUGCUUACCAUGAGAGGCUUUCCUGGACUGCUUGCUCUAAAAGCUUUUUGGGUUUCUAGAUGGAGGCUCACAGGAUUUUCCUUUGGAGCUCCUCCAACAUCAAAGCCCUUUCCAUUGAGUUUAUGAAGACCUCAGUUUGCUCACAUCCAGAAAGUGAAUUUUAAUCAGUGUUUUCAUUCCAUCAUUGAGGAGCUGUUUGCACUCAGAGGGCUGGGGUUUGGAUGUCUUGAUUUAAAGCAUCCAGCAACUCAGGCAGCUGCUUGCUCACUCCACCACAAGGGUGGGGGAGAGAAUCCCCAGAGUAAGAGUGACAAAGUGUGGGUUGAGAUGAAGACAGUUCAGCAGAUAAAGCUGAACAAGGAACUCAGCCACCCCUUCCCAGGGGCAGGAGUUGUUCAGCCAUCCCCAGGAGAGCAGGGCUCCAUCACACAGGUCAGUGACUUGACAAGCCAAAUGCCAUCACUCCAAAGGUCCCUCUUCUUCCUCCUCCUCCCUGCUUUACACACUCAGCAUGGUGCCAUGUGGGCUGGACUGUCCCUUGGGGUAGGUUGGGAUCAGCUGUGCCCCCUCCCAGCUCGGCGUGUGCCCACAGCCCCCUCACUGGUGAGGAGCUACAAGAAGCAGAAAAGGCCUUGGCUGUGUGCAAGCCCUGCUCAGCAAUAACCAAACCAUCUCUAUCCUACCAACACCUUUUCCAGCCCAAACCCAAGAUGUACUAACCACCAUGAAGGAAACUAACCCUCCCUGAGCCAAGGGCAGCGCAGGGUGUUGCUGAACAGAAACAGAAUUGCUUAACGAGGUUGGUGACUCAUUACAGCCCAGCUGGGUACAGCACUGAGAGGAUGCAUCAUGGCCACUAAUCUCCUCAGGAAUUGCUCCUUGGUGCAGCCUGGAAGGGAGCAGAGGGUGGAGUUCAGCCUUUCAGUCAUCCUGAACUGAGGCUUGCCUACUGCUUUCAAGUUUGUCAUCUUCUUUCCACCCAGUGUAUGAUGGAAGUGGGAGUAUCUCUCUCUAAAACUCUUAACAAAAAACCCAAUGAAGAAUAAGCAACUUUUUUUUUUUGUAUUAGAAAUUUCUUUAUAUCCUGUUCUCACUGUCUUUACACCAAUGGUUGAAAGCAGUAAUUGGUCUGUGACUUUACAGGAGAGGGAGAACCGCAGGCUCCAAGAAGCAAGCAUGAGGCUGGAGCAGGAGAACGAUGACCUUGCCCAUGAGCUUGUAACCAGCAAAAUUGCCUUAAGGAAUGACCUGGACCAGGCUGAAGACAAAGCAGAUGUUUUGAACAAGGAGCUUCUCCUGACCAAACAGAAGCUAGUGGAGACUGAGGAAGAGAAAAGGAAGCAGGAGGAGGAAACUGCUCAGCUGAAGGAAGUCUUCAGGAAGCAGCUGGAGAAGGCAGAAUCUGAGAUCAAGAAAACCACAGCCAUUAUUGCAGAGUAUAAACAGAUUUGUUCCCAGCUGAGUACCAGGCUGGAGAAACAACAAGCAGCCAGUAAGGAUGAACUGGAAGUUGUGAAGGGUAAAGUGAUGGCCUGCAAACACUGCAGUGAGAUUUUCAGCAAGGAGGGGGCACUGAAGGUGCCUGCUGUAAGCACGGACAACAAAGGCAUCGAAACAGAUGAUGAGAAGGAUGCACUGAAAAAGCAGCUGAGAGAGAUGGAGCUGGAGCUUGCACAGACCAAACUGCAGCUUGUGGAAGCCAAGUGCAAAAUUCAGGAGCUGGAGCACCAGAGAGGAGCCCUUAUGAAUGAAAUCCAAGCUGCCAAAAACUCUUGGUUUAGCAAAACCCUGAACUCUAUCAAAACGGCCACAGGCACGCAGGCACCGCCGCAGCCGCAGCCGCCCGUGCCUCCCAGAGAGGGCAGCACAUAGCUCAGCCUCGGCCGGCUCCAGAGCACAAAGAACAACACGGCUGCAACCUUGGAGGAUUCUUCCACUGGUCUCUCCUCCUGGGCAAAGGACAAUGAGGCAGGAGUGCAGGCUUGAAGUGAAAUUCUUCAGUGUUUUUCAUUCAUUUUCUGAUGUGACCCUUUUCAAAGGGGCGACAAAAACAAAAGUCCUGGUUUAUGUUGAAUUCCUACUUCCCAUACUGCCUUGCUGAAAGCCACGUUCUGAUACCUUCAUACUUUUACACUUUAUUUUAUAUGACUAGAUGUUAAAUAAAUAUUUCAAAACUAGGUCUUUAAUAUACAUCUAAUUUGAAAUUAUUAUUGUCUUGCAUAGAAGGUUUUUCUUCUUCUGGAGGAAGAGAGAGAAUGGAAAAUGUACAGUACAUAAUACAGAGCAUAAUCUCUCCCUAGAAAGCACAGUGUAAGACAUUGAGGAUAACUUAGGCCCUGGGACCAUCUCAGAAGUUUAUCCCAGCAACUGCAUCCUGCAGAGAAGCACUUUUUGUAAAGCUUAGGCCAUAGCAAAGGUAGGCUUGUGCUCUCCUGGCACAAUUGCUAUGAGCUUCCCUUACACCUUCUUCGUUUGGAUUGGUUUUUCUUCAGAAAUACAAGCAGUGCAGUUUUUGUAACGCUGUCGUUUAAAGGCUAUUUACAGCCCAACUGGAAUUUAUCAUAAAGUUCCCUAGUUCCCUUUUUUUAAUUCAUGUUUAUAUUAAGAACUCCAAGGAAUAAUUCCUUCCACUGGGAUAAAGGGAGAAGUGUUUUGACACUUAUUUGAUGUUUUUGCUGAGAAGCAGAGUGGAGACCUUGCAUGUUUUUGACCUUUUGUAAAUCCUGUGCAAUAAAGGGUAGGUUUUGUGAAUAAAAGUAAUGGAAACCCUGCCCUGGGUCUAUAUUCAGAUUCCAAAUUGGACACAGAAAUGAGGUAUCAAAUAAAACACCCAAGAGGCUUGUGCUGCACUGAUGAAUAAAAUACCAUCGAAACAAGAUCUGUUUGCUGGAAGUGUUUGGUUAGGAAACACUUUGUUGGUAUUACUUAUUUUUAUAAAAACAAGCAUUUUCAAGUGGAAUACAAGCCCUAGACUUUCCUGUAGGGGGUAGACUUCUCUGAUGAUUCCCAAACCUGUCUGGUUGUUUUAUAUCUCUUAAGGUAAGAAAGUUCAAAAGCAUUUGUUUUGACUAAACAUAAAGUGUUCAUAGAAAUACUUAUUUCAUGGAAAAUUAAACUAUUGCUUGAACUGAUGGAAUAUUUUUUUAAUUACACGUGUCAUGUCUGAAGAUGGUCUUGCAGGUAAAUGUCAUUUCUGGACUAAAUGUUGUGUAUUAAUUGUUUCAUUUACAAGAUUUUUCCAAGGACACUAGUUCUGUUUCGAUCUUUUUAUUUUAUUUUUUUUUUUUAAUUCUAAGGAAUACCAUACAUUGUCAGUUUUUGUACAAUAAAAUUUAAUAAUACCCAUCUUGUGCUUUGUUGUCAAGCAUAAUUGUGAAUUAUUUUCAACAGGCAACAACAAAUUUAAUGUUACCAGUGCCAAAGGAAAAAUUCCAAAAGGCAGUCAGCUGAUAGAAGUAGAGCUCGAAAUAUAAUCACCAUCGUGACACAAUUCUCUCUUCUAAAAAUAAGGAGUUAAAAACUUUAGUAUUUUAAAAUGUACCUUCAAGACCAGUGAUUAUCUGGAAUUAUUAAUAUAGUGAGGAACAAAAGGGGGAAAACCAAAAGGUAUUCCUUUUGCAAAUGUUAUCAAAGGUCUUUUUCCCUUGUCACUGUCUUGCUCAUAAUAUUUGCAUAAAUGUUUCCAUUCUCUCAACUGACUAAACCCAGUGUUAGUCAUUCACUUACCAGUUCUGCUUCACAUUCAGAAUGUGAAUCUGAAUUCAUAAUAAAUCUGAAGUGACAUUUAAGGAUACCUGGUGAACAUCUGAUUGUUGCAUUUGAGAGUACUGUGCCCAUGAGGGAAACUGGAUAUUUGACAAGUGUCUGAAUUUCUUGUUUCAUUUAUCUUAAAUCAUACUCACAAGUGGAUUUAAAACCAUGAUUGGAAAAGUUGAGUAAGAAUGAGUAAAGAAAUGAGUUAGGCUGUGAAUCCCUGAGCAGAUGAGUUAAGAGCUCACUCCAGCUCAGCCCUCCAGGUCCCCAUUGUACAGACCUGUCCCUUGUCCUUGUUGUAGUAUGUACUGAAGAUAAUCAAAACAACAAAAGAAGAUGUGGGUGGAUUUAUCCCCCUACAGUUCAUGUUCUGUCAAGUGAGUGAGCUGAAUCACCUCAAAGGGUCCAAUGAGUAGAUCAUGGGAGUGGGACUUCCCAAAUUCAUCAGAAAGGAACUGGUAAAUAAGGACACCAUGUUUCACAGAACAAGCUUUGGCACAACAAACGUUUUCUCAGUGUGGCUGCUUUCUGACUUUGGAAGUUGAGUUUCAGGAACAAAACCACAUUUCCUACCUGCUAGCCAUGAUGAUUUCAAACCCUUGUACGGAUGGAAGCUGGCUUACCUCACCCAAAGGAAGUUUCAGAAAGCAAUGACCCUAAAGGCACUAAACAAGUUCCGCCUUCCAGCUGUAGAGACAAGGUAGCAUUUGUAGCAAUGGCAUUUGGAAGAUUAAUAUUUAGGUGGAAACUGCAUCUUCUCAGCAUUACUGAAAGAGUAAGAAAAUAGCUCUAUGGCAUUGCCUUGAUGAAUAUUCAGAAUGAAGGAAAGGAGCAGGACUCCAUGAUUAAGCCAGGCAAGCUAAAAUUCUAUCUGCUGACUAUAGAUGCUAUUGGGAAAUUUAGUUUCCUGCAAGAAAAGAGAUCUCUGAGUGACAGAACUACCUACACACAUAUCCUUGGUGGAUUUGUCAGGGAUAGCUGGCUCACUGCUCAGCUUUUCAGCAGGAAACAUCAUCAAGGUCUCACUGAAACUGUUGUUUCCAUUUGGCACUGGAACAGCUAACAUAGCUCCUAAGUCCGGAGUGAUCAACCUUUUUUCCCUGAGUCUGUAGUAAACUAUGUGUUCAGAUCAAACUUUUAUUAAAAUUAAUUUGAAUUUUAUAAAUAUAUAUGUGGAACUAAAACCUAUUUUUAAAUUUUAUUAAGAAUGCACCAUUCUGAAAUAAAGUCUUUACUUUGAUUAGGAACAAACCUCCAAAGAAUAUUUUUACUACAACUUUUAUCUUGUUGGACUAUAAUCUCUUCCUGAGAUGCCCAAUAUAGGGGGCAAAAAAAACCAAGUCCUUCUUUUCACUUUAAAAUGUUGGUUUUCCUUUGACUGUAACACUUUACAGGCUAAAUGAAGCAAGGCUGAUUUAGUUAUGUGGUACAUUUGUGAACUAGUCUUGUAUUAUCUUUGUGAACCAAACUUAAUAUUCUAAAGUAAUAGGACUUACUCCACUUAGUUUACAUUUCUAAAUGUACCUGGAAAGGAAUUAAAAAAAAAAAAAUACCAUGAGUAGAGAAGCCAAGAAACUGUGACAUCCCUGAGGUGCAUCUGCAUUAGGGUUUGGCAGAAACAGUCUCAGGAAGGGUUGUCAGCCAUGCAAUCAGUACUGCCAGUGGACAAACCCACCCUUGUCCUGUACAUUAAUGAGGAUUUAAUUUGCUACAGCUGAGUUACAUUGCUACAGCUAAAUUAAAGUGUUUACACAGGUAAGCAGUAUUUUUUUUCUUUGUUAGAUGUUUUAAGUUACUUCUCUUAGUUGGCCUUUGAAAUUUCUUUGAAGGUAAAUGAUCAUCUCUGCCACUGUAUUAAGAACAAGUUGAAAUAAAGCCAGCCAUUUCCAAGGGGAGAUGGAGAUAAAAAGUCAAGAACUGCAAGAGUUCAGCCCCUUCACAAAGCAUGAAGUACCUCACUGACUUCAGGGUGGUGAUACCACUCAUUGACUAAACGUGGUAGUUUAGGAGUAAAUAAAAAUCUGCCUUUACUGGCACUAAAGUAUCAACAUUUGGAAGUCACAUGCCAUGCUUUCUCCACAGGAUCAAGGUGGGGCUGUUCCCUUCCUUCUAUUAAGUAGCUGCAGUGAAAUCCAUGAAACUGCUUGUAUGUGUGGGGGAACUAUAAUCAGGUGAUUUUCAUUUACUCAGAGGAUUUUCAUUUACUGUUAGACUCAGGGAUAAUUGGCAACUUCUGCCCCAUCUCCUAAGCCUAAACACCCUUGGCUUUGAUACCAGAAGCACUCUUACCGUACAGUGCUGGUGUUCUUCCAGCUGCUGGAGAGAAAACCAUAGUAAGUAUCACGUCAGAUUGAUUGUGAAGAGAGGGCAGAGAUGUUCCCCUCAGGUGUGAGGCACUGCUGUGGCUGACAAGCACUCCCUGUCCCUGCUGGACCCUGCUGAGGGGGCUGCACCAGAUGUGCAAACACAGAGGUUAAAACUGACUUCUUUGUCUGUCUCUUGUGCUAAUAUCCUACUGGGAACUGUGCCAUUAGCUCCUUCCAGGUAAUAACACUAAGGGGAGACAUGAUGAAACACUCACGUUUGGAUCUGUCAGGUGUUAAGAGAGGUGUAGGUCACAGCAGCCUUUAGAACUGAGCUAAUCCACAGGUGGCUUUUGGGAAAUGCAAGGAAUUUGCAACUGGAUAAAUAACGCUCAGCAUUGAUCAAGACCUUAUCCUUCCCAGGUCAGAAGUCUACACAAUUUAUUUCAGGAUUGUGACUUAACACAGGUCAAUUCUCCAGGAAUACAGGGCUCUCCAUUUCCCCUGGGUCCCAGUGGCUUUGCUACUGAAUGUAUUUCAUCCUAUUUUUACCUGAAAAACAAAAAAUGGGUACAGAAUUAGAAUAUAACUUUUUAUUAUUUUCUUAUUCCAGUGUGACUUGCUUUUAUUUAACCUGUAAAGGAAUAUAUAUGUAUCUUUGGAGAACUAUAUCUUACAUAUAGAAUAAUAUAUAAGAAACAGAAUGACAAGGGGAUAAAUACAUCAAAAGGAUUUGGUAUCAUAAAUUUCCUUUGAUACCACCAGAAUCCUGGGCUGUACUAAUUUCCUUACAGUUUCUCUUAUUUUUGUGUUUUAUAUAAUACAUGGAUGGUACUACCAAUGCAAACCACAGCAGAUGUUCCCAGAUUUUUCUUAAAAUCUCAAUUCCUGUCUUUCAGUAAUCCCUGGGUUUGCCAUUCUGCUAUACCACUCUCGAAAGCUGUGCCAGGAGCUCUCUUGAGCUUUGGAAACUCUUGCUUUCCCAUGGAAGAAGAUGCUCUGGCUUCUUUGAACUGGGAAAAGAUGACAUAGGAAUGCAGAAAAGUUUUUAAUCAAGCAUAAUCCAUCUCCCUCUGUGUCUGCCAUUAAGGUAGAUUCACUGCAGCACACUGAAAACAGAGCAGCUCCAAAGCUCUGACUCCAUGACAAUGAAGUUUUCCAGAUUUGGGGCUGUCUUUGUGAUCUGGGUGUGUCCCAAGUUCACAAAUCCUGAAGAGUUAGGGAAAAAAGAGCAUCACAGAGAGGUCACACUUGCAAUUGAGAUCCACUCAGUACUACCACUACUUGGGUAACACAUCCAUGUAUUAUAUAAAGUACAACAGGAAAAUAUAAGUGUAAUGCUUGUUAUUAAAAGUGCAAUUCAAUGUACCUGGUCACAACAAAUGUUUACUUUUUUAAUUGUUACAGAAUUGUUCAGAUCAGUACCUUGUUAUCAUUGUGUGAACGAUGCCUUGUAAAAUAAAUGGAAAUGGAAAACAA